GUCAAUUCUUUAAAACAAACCAUUUAACAGAAAGUAUAGCAGGCUGAAUAAUACUCCUUUUCCCCCAGCUACCCCAGAGAUGUUUGGAUACUAAUCCCUAGAACCUGUGAAUAUGUUCCAUUAUAUGGCAGAAGGGUCUUGACAGAUGUGAUUAAGUUCAGGAUUUUGAGAUGGGGAAAUUAUCCUUUAUUAUCUGGGUGGACUUGAUAGAAUCACAGAAGUCCUUAUAAGAGGGAGGCAGAUGAUCAGAGGAAGAAGCAAUGUCACCCUGCAAACAGGAAGAGAAAAGGCUAUAUUGAUGUGAGUCCGUGGGCCAAGGAAUGUGGGUGGCCUCUGGAAGCUGGAAAAGGCAAGGAAACAGAUUCUCCCCUAAAGCCUCCAGAAGGACCAGUGCUGCUAACAUCUUAAUUUUAGCCCCAUAAGACUCAUUUUGGACUUCUGACCUCCGGAAGUGCAAGAGAAUAAAUUUGUGUGGUUUUAAGCUACUAAAUAUGUGGUAAUUUGUUACAACCCCAGAAGGAAACUAAUACAGAAGGUAUCUGGGAAAUGAACAGCUGUACCAUGUUCCCUUUAGUCAUUAUUUCUAGUCGCUUUUAUGAGCAAAGCUUGUCUUACCUAGCAACAGUUGCUAAGUAAGUUAACAGUUUAAUCUAGAGUCUAGGAGGGAGCAACUGCUUAAAUCUUCCCAAAUCCAGUGCCCAGACCUUAUAAUGGCAGAGGCUUUCAUUACCAUUCUUUACCAUUAGGCACAUAACCACUACCUAAUCAUGGCAAAUCAUUUAAUCCUUGCAGGCCUCUAGCAUUAUCUUCAAACCUUGAACCUCUUCCAGCUUUCUCAAACAUCUAGCUUUUCUUAAAAUUACUUUUUCUGAUCCUAAAAGAGUGUUUUGGCUGUACGUAGUAAAAGACAAAUUUAAUUAUGAUCAGAAAUCCGAAUUACACAAACUUUGUUUGCUGUGCUGUAUGUAAUAAGAUAAUUCCACCAGCCCCCUUUGGGAAAAUCUUCAAACAGAUCCAUGAGUACAAGCCAUUUAAGACACGCUUUUACACUCACAAAGAUAUACUGGAUAUUGGGACAGAUAUUCUGAAUAAAGGAGAGCAGUUUCAAGAAGCUUUACUCAAAGAACGUAUUGCAAAAGCAGAAGCUGCCGUAUGGGCUAAGGCAGAUGAACGCCAAAGAGAAGCAGUGAAGAAAGCCCUUGAAGAAGCAAAUGACAUGCACAAAAUGAAAAUCCAGAUUCUGAAAGAGGAACAUCAAAAAGAUUUACAGGAAAUGGUAUCUAAGACCAAGAUGGAGUUGCAUCAAAACAUGGAGCAAGAACUGCAGCGAGAACGCCUGGCUGCCGAGCAACGCAUGGUCCGCAAGAUCCAGAGGAUCAUGAUGGAGUGCCACCAGGAGAAAGUCCAGGCUGUGGAGGAAGCCCGGGCCCAGGAGAGGCACAUAGCCCAGGAGGAGAUCCAGGCCCAGAGAAGAAAGGCCAUGGAGGAACUUUUGAGAGCUGGUGUCACAGUUAUGAAGGAUCAAGAGAACAAUGUGAGCCAACUGAUAAAGGAAAAAGAACAUAAAAUGAGCGUCUACUAUUGCAUGGCUCAGAAACAGAAGCAAGAAGAGGUUCAGAAAGUGCUUCAAGAAGCGGAGAAAACACAUCAGGCCACGCUUAGAAAUGUGAUGGACAAACUGCUUAACACUCAGCGGGAGCUGCUGUCUAUGGCGAAGCAACUGGAAAUCAUGACAAAUUGGAAAGAUUUCCUGGAGGAGGAGUUACAGGAAACCAGGGUAGCGUUUCAAAAAUACAUCAAUUAUACGUUUCCGCAGCUCUCACCGGGACAUGCAGAUUUUAUUCUGCCAGAAAGAAAGAAAAUGCCUUCCGGUCUUAUUACUCUGGAGAACCAAGCAACUCUUGGUUAGAAGUCUUCAUCUGAAAUGGCACUACAAAAGACAUUGUUCUAAAGACUAAAUAAAUCCACUCAAAAACCAUUUAUUGAUCCCCGGUUAUGUGCAGCGGACUAGUGAGCUGUGAGCAUUUUGAUGGAAAACCAAAAUAUGCAAAAGCACAUUCCAGGCUACGAUGAGGUUCCAAGUCUGAUGGAGGAGAGAUAACAGUGAGAGGGGUCAAAACUGACUAGGAGGGAAAAAGAUUUCUUGGAAGAAGUCUAAACAUACUUCUGUAUCUGGCUUUACUCACGUUUACAUCAGACAUUUAACUAUUUUAGUAUUUGUUGCAGUUAAAAAACAGUAAAGGGACAUGUUCUUAGAUGGUUUCCGUUGUGGAGAGGUGUGUCUAGUAAUCCAGUAUGUCUAGUAAUCUAGUCUAAAGAUUAUUAUUUUGUGAACUGCAAUAGCUUUGUAGGAGAAAAAAAGCAGUGUUUCUCAGAUUCAAUAGGAUAAAACUUAAAUUCUGGGAAGCCUAUAUAAAAUAAUUCAGAAAGGACUCUCUUAUAUUUGCCAUUUGUGAAAGAAAAAUAUGUCUUUAGAGGUCAGAUUCCUUGCCUCAGGGAUGGGGAGUCCCCUUAUGUUUAUACCCAAGCCCAGGAGUGCUUGGAACUCAUCUCCUUUAGGUCAAAAUGCAGAAAAGCAUUCUGUACCGCAAUGCUCAGGACCAACAAAUGUCAACAUCUACUGAAUUAAACUGGAAGAAAACCCAAGCCAUAAAGACUGCUCCAAAAAAAUCUAUCCACUUUAAUGUAGCAUCCUUAAAUUAUUAAUCACCAACUUAUAUUGGUGGCUUUAAAAUUAAGUACCUGGAAAGCCGUUUUCAGUAAAUUAAAAAGUGCUAUCGUCAAGCAGGCCUUAGGUGGGUUUGUUUACAUUGACUGGUCUGGGAUUUCCUAAUGAUAAAAGUAGUGAUGUGUUUACAACUGCAUAGUGGACUACACUCUCCUAGUGCUUAGCUUCCUGAUUCUGCAGGACUACUGCGGUCCAUACUAAUCGAUUGCCUAGGGGCUGGAAGUCAGAACAUUUAUACAGUACUUUACACUGCCUUUUCCAGCACGUUCUUCUCAUAGCAGUCAAUGGGAUAGGCAGGACAGGGGUGGUGGUUAGCCCAUUUUGACAAAUGAUAACAUGAAAACUACUAUGUACGUAUUUACAUGCGUGAAGUACUUUUUUUAAGUUGAAGUAUAGUUGAUUUACAAUAUUGUGUUAGUUUCAGGUAUACAGCAAAGUGAUUCAGUUAUAUAUAUAUAUUUUUUCAGAUUAUUUUCCAUUAUAGGUUUUUACAAGAUAUUGAAUACAGUUCCCUGAGCUAUAUGGUAAUUCCUUAUUGUUUAUUUUAUAUACAGUAGUGUGUAUAUGUUAAUCCCAUACUCCUAAUUUAUCCCUCCCCCCACCUCUUUCCCCUUUGGUAACCAUAAGUUUGUUUUCUAUGUGAGUCUGUUUCUGUUUUGUAUAUAGCUUCAUUUGUAUUAUUUUUUAGAUUCCACAUAUAAGUGAUAUCAUAUAAUAUUUGUCUUUCUCUGUCUGACUUACUUCACUCAGUGUAAUAUUCUCUAGGUCCAUCCAUGUUGCUGCAAAUGGCAAUAUUUCAUUCUUUUUAUGGCUGAGUAAUAUUCCAUUGUGUAUAUACCACAUCUUCUUAAACCAAUUGUCUGUUGAUGGGCACUUGGGUUGUUUCCAUGUCUUGGCUAUUGUAAAUAGUGCUGCAGUGAACAUUGGGAUGCAUGUAUCUUUUCAAAUUAGGCUUUUCAUCUUUUCCAGUUAUAUGCCCAGGAGUGGAAUUGCUGGAUCAUAUGGUGAUUGUAUUUUUAGUUUUUUAAGGAACCUCCAUACUGUUUCCAUAGUGGCUGCAUCAAUUUACAUUCCCAACAGUGUAGGAGGGAUUCCUUUUCUCUACAUGGGAAGCACUUUAAAAACCUUAAUAUUUAAUCCUCACAAUGACUUUUGAAAGUAAUUAUAACUGCCCCCAAUUUAUAGGGAGGGAAACCAAGACUCAGGGAGAUUAAGUAACUUUCUCCAGGGCACACAGCUAGUGACAGAAAGGGAAUUCAAAAUAUCACAAGGCACAGGCAGAUGGUUACAUGAGAGAGACCUGGGUUUUGCAGACUUGAAUAGAUAAGAACAGCAGCUGGCACUGGGGAGUGCUAGCAUGUGCCAGCCAUGCGUGCACAAGUGGACUCAUUCAUGUUCGCAGCAGGCUGUGAAAGGUAGGAACCAUUAACACAGGCACAGACAGGUCAAGUCACUUUCUCAAUGUCAUACAGCGAGGAAGGGUCAGAGCCAUUUUCAAAUCCACAGAGUCAGUCUUCAGCCCACGGCUUCCGUCAUUAUUUUUGUUCAGAUGUAAAGGCCUUGGUGCCUGGUUGGUUGACUCUGCAGGUGUGUGUCUUCGUGGCUUCUCUAAUGAGGACUGGAAGGACGUGGUCUGUCCUCUAUGUCAGGCAUCAUUUUUGUCCCUUCUAGAAGUGAAAGGAAGUUGUACCUAGGAUUGUGUGUCUGAGUUAUUGGAGUCAUUCACCAGAUUCGCAGCUGAGCACAAGGAAGGAAAGCAGAAGGAAAGCAUCUUCUGAAGACAUUCACUUCAUGGCCACAGUGAAGGUGUGUCUUUUGGUAUCAGUGAUACAGUGCGUAACAUAAAAAGAAAGCAGGCGACUUACUUUUGGUUUGGAAAAAGGAAUCUAGUUUCUCAGGCUUCAACCAGAUUGGAAUAAAUUAUCCGUGUUUUUAGUAUUUUCCUUGUUUAUAUUGAUACUUCACCCUCAGCUCCCACCCCAAUCCCAACCGUUAGCUCCCUUAGGGUUUUUAAAGUAAUGUGGAUGCUUCCAAUAAGGGCAGAGUUAGAGAUCUUGUUACUGUCCUGAUCCCAGCUUGACCUGCCCACCAGAGGACUCCUCCCUCCGCUUCCCCACAGUGCUAUUCAGCCCUCCUGUUGUAGGGGUGAUCACAGGGGGUUCUGUCAGGUCAGAUUGACCUGAUCCCAGAACCCCACUUGCUUUUCGCCUUAGAGCCUGGAGUCAGCACGAACCACGGAGGGGAGGGGACCUCUUCUGUCCUCUGUUCUCAUUCUGCUCUGCCUGCCCCAAGGCCAAUUUGAAGAAACGGUAUCUUUACUCUUACCCAAAUCCUUCACCUUGAUCACUUCAAGGCACAGUUCUUUCUAGCUUGAAUGUCUCCAAGAUGAUAUACCCCUGAGAAUUAAAGUUCAAAGUGAAUGGCUAAUCUGCUCUGAAGGGCAGAAAAAGCUGAUAGUAAACUAAAAAUGAGACCUCUCUCGUAUUUCCACAAUCCCAUCUACGGAACCUCUCAGCAGUCUCUCUUAUUUUUUGUUUUUAAAAUAAAUUUAUUUAUUUAUUUA